AUGAAUUGCAGCCUGUCUGGAGAUAGUGCAAUACAUCCUGUAUUAUCACCGACCUCGGGUCGUGUGUUUGAGCGCUCAGUAAUUGAAGAGUACAUCAAGGAACAUGGCAAGGACCCGGUCUCAGGUGAUUCCUUAAGUACAUCUGAUCUUAUCGCUAUAGAUACGCAACCGUUGCUACCUAAAUCAGUCAAGAAUGCUUCCAUCCCCGGGUUGCUGAUGUCCCUCCAAAGUGAAUACAACGCUCUUGUGCUCGAAGGUUACGAGCUACGUCAUGAGUUGCAGCAGACCAGGGCAGAUCUUUCGUCGGCCCUCGUGCGUAACGAUGCCUCGCUGAGGGUGAUUGCUCGUCUAAAGAGCGAGCGAGACCAGUCUCGCCAGGCUCUGUAUGAAAUCGGCCAGCCAUUGCCAGCCACCAAGCGGCGCCCUGUCGAGCCGGCUACGUCGAAGCUUGGACUAGAUAUGGAACUCAUUGGCGAGACCACGCGUCAGUUAGUGAAACAACGGAAAGUCACAAACAAAUCUAGAAAGCGCCCUGACUAUAAACUCAUGAAGCUCAUCCCUGGUAUAAAAAUCUUUGCUGGACCUUACGCUGGAUCGUUUGACUUCCAGAAGCAAGUCGUAGUAGCGGACUCAGAUACGCUUUAUCAACUUCCAUUCAACGAAUGGGACGAAAAUAUUCGCGUUGUUGAGGGGCCUGCACCUAAAGAUUUUGAACAUCUGUUUUGGUUCGAUCACCGAAGCUUUGUUGUGACUUCUAAAGCCAUUCUCGAGAACAACGCACCCGUCUGCGACUAUAUCGCGAAUGCUAGAUUCCACCCCUCGGGAUACAUCAUUGGACUCGAAAAGGGCAAACUGGUUGCCUACGACAAAACAUUUUCUAAACGUGAUUUCGGUACCGCCGUAACAAUGAAUGGGUUUGAGAUCCAUCCUGAUGGUGACAUCAUCUUCUGUAAAACAGACAAGAGCUUGGAACUGUAUUCUUUCAAAAAGAACGAAACUGUCGCGUCGAUCGAUAUUGUCGCAAAAGAAGUCGCAUUCAGCAGUAACGGUUACACCGUGGCCCUCGCAAACGAUGAUGGCCUUUACCUCUACGACCUGCGUGGUGAAGCUCCACCACAAUGCGUAGACACUGAGCUGCGCCCCACAAAGAUCAGUUUCGAUGGCGAGGGCAAGUUACUGGCUUCGCUGGACGAAGAUGGUAGUUUAGCCAUUUUUGAGUUUAAAAAUAAAACCCUGUCUUUACUCGAAAUUCCUGUGACCGAUGUCUCGGAUUUCGCGUGGCUAGACCAGCGCCUUGUUGUUGUAAAUCCUUCCGAACAGAAACUUCGCACAAUGUACCUGUUUGAGCCUAGCAUUUUAUAA